AUGAACUUCAUAUGCAGCAACAGCAGCAACAACAACGACAACAACAGCAACAGCAACAGCAACAGCAACAGCAUCAGCAGCAGCAGCAACAACAACAUCAGCAACAACAUCAACAACAUCAGCAACAUCAACAACACCAACACCAACAACAUGCCCUGCAACAACAUCAUCAGCAGCAAAUUCAACAGGUUCACCAACAACAUCCUUCUCAGCAGCCUCAACAGCAACAUCGCCUUCCAUCGGACAAUAUCAGUCUGCCACAGACAUUUGAAGAGUUUCCGGGUAUGA